UAGCAUUGACAGCCGAAGCGCAACUUUUCCUGAGGCAAAGUGAAAUCAAGCCGCGGACUCGGACUAAAUCUAGUACCUCGGUUUUCAACUCAUAAUUACCGAAAUAAGAAAAUAACGAGCACCCAGAACAAGCGCGUCGCUGCGGGAUUAUUAUAGCAGUGGAUCUGUCCAGGUGCUGAAGUCUGCGCCGUCUUUGUAAGAGUUUCCGCCGUGGCGUAAAGUGAGUGACGAGUCGUGUCCCCAGCAAAGAGGCAAGAACUUGCUUUGCAGCCCGAGUAGUUGUUCUUUCGGUUGUUAUUGUCGCUUUUUAAAUUUAUUUUUUCCGCAAAACUUCUUUGCGAUUGCUUUAAAAGUGCAAGAAAAGUGCUUCGAAAGUCAGAUCAUGGAACUACAGGGCCUACAAGACUCGUUGAAAUUGGAAAUUCAGUGUCAUCAGAAACUAGUUGCACAGAUGAAGCAAGAUCCACAGAACGGGGAUCUUAAGAAACAACUCCACGAAAGACAAUCAAGAAUAUCAGCUCUAAGCGAAAAACAAAAGCUUGCGGUAAGAAGUUGUCCUGUUGGGAACACCAAACCCAUUUCCCUCAUCAAGCCACCCAACCAGAGCAUAGCAAUUUCAGUUGUGCCGGCAAAGAAUCCUGUCCCCAUGGUUACUGCACACAGUAACGGACAGAAGGCAGCGAGCCCAGAGCCUCCGCAGACAGCCCCCAUCAACCUGCAGACAGCUAGCAAAGCGGGGGGCAGGAGAGUGUCCGAGACGUCAAGCUCACAGAUUUUGGGACCCGUCACAGCAGGGCCCAUCAAGGUUCCUCAAGUCAGCUCCCUGCAUAGACUGGCAGGGCAGGCAUCCAGAGAGCUACCUCAGGUAAGGCCAAAAACCCUGAUCCCCGACAGUGUCAGCCCCUGUCGAGAGCAGCCGUCCAGUCAGCCUCAGCCCCUGCAGAAGGCCACGAUGGUCAGCAUCAAGAACGCUGGGCCUGCCCUCCCCACAGCCAACAACACUGUCUGCCACGUCCAGCUGCCAAACGGCCAGUCCGUGGCCACGAGCCUCUCAGAGCCGGCCAGCGUGUCUCCGGUCCUCACCACGGCAGGAGUGGCCUACGCCAUCAUCUCCACUUCGCCAGGCAACAGCACCGGCACCGCAGUCUCUGUCAUCAGCGAUGCCAUGAAGGGUCAGCCUCUCCUCAUCAGCGCAGACAGCAAGGUGAUAAUAAUUCAGCCCCAGGUUCAAAGCCAGAGUCAGCCUGAGAUUAAAACGGAACCCAAGAAAGCAUCUGAAGAGCCUGUUCAGAGCUCUCCCCCGCCUGCCAAGAAGAAAAAAGCAGAGAACCCCGAGAAAAUUGCCUUCAUGGUUGCACUUGGCUUGGUCACAACAGAACACUUGGAAGAAAUCCAGAGCAAGCGGCAGGAAAGGAAGAGGAGGAGCACAGCCAACCCGGCCUACAGUGGUCUGUUCGAGCCUGAGCGCAAACGACUUGCAUCAAACUACCUAAAUAACCCCUUGAUCCUGACAGCAGGAGCCAAUGAGGAUCUCUGUUGGAAGGAUGACAUUGUGCACGAUGAACACUGUGCAGUGUGUAAGGAUGACGGGGAGCUGCAGCCCUGCGAUACCUGCUCCCGAGCCUAUCACCCUGACUGCCUGGACCCCCCGCUCAAGACGCCCCCCAAAGGGAUGUGGGUGUGCCCCAAGUGCCAAAAGAAGGUGCUGAAUGAAGACAGCAUGGCAUGGCCUGAGAACCUGGCCAUUGUCCACUCCUAUAUCACACACAAAGCAGUGAAGGAGGAGGAGAAGAGGAAGCUGCUGAAGGGAAGCGUACAGUUGAAGAGUGAGCGCAAACAGCUGGAUGAGAAGGAGAGGCAGCUGGACAGCUCAAUCACGAAAUGUGUGGAUUUGAAAAACAGCCUGCUGGCAGUGCAGAGGGGAACGCAGGCCUCCUUGGAGCGGCUGAAGGCUCUGAUCCGACUCAUCCAGAGAGACCAGGUGAUCCAGGUGACCAUGACUGCCACCACCACAGCAGCCUCCCCUCUCCUCACCAUCCCCUGGAUCAAACCCUCGAGCUGCGGCAGCCCCCCACCUGUCUCUGCCACCAGCACUGCCAGCAACCCUGCCGGCGCCCUGCAGAAAGGCCUGCCUCAGGCCCAGGGCAACAACUGACACGCCCGGGGGGAGCCAAGAUACAAACCGAGCAUCGCGAACAUCUUCUCAAGAACAAUGAACUCUUUUUAUAGAUCUGAAACACCAUAGAAACUUAAGGAAAAAUACUAACCAAUGCAGUUUAUAGACAACUGUUGUGGCAGUCCUAUAUCCCACAAACAGUUUGUCCAUGCAUAUUUUUUAACUCCGACACCUUCAGUGCUUACGAGAUUUUUUUGUUUUUUAUUCUUGGCCUUAAUGUAUUUAUGAAUUUAAAAAUGAAAAAAAAAUGGCCGAUAGAAAAAAAAAACUAGUAUUCAGUACGGCAGAUGUUUUUUUUUAAAAAAAAAAGAAGAAAAAAAGGCUCUGCACAUAGUGAGAGACACAAACUAGUUAUUAGUAGCAGUAGUUAUUUUUAAAAAUCAUUGGAAAUGUGGGACUGUCCAUUUCAAUCUGAUAAGGUUCAUGUAAUUAUUCUCUCCAAGUCUGCCAUGUGUAUUCAGGUGAAAGGGGGCUGGGGGAAAUGUUUUCAUUGUGUAUGUAUAGAUCUAAAGAGCCUUCAAACACAACAAAGAAUCAUUUUUCAGUAUUAUAGUACAGAUAUUUAAAACAAACAAAAAAAGACAUUACGGAAUUUAGCAUUUCUUGUGAAAAGGAAAUAUUUUCCUGCUGAUGCCUGUCGAUUAUGCGAAGUAUUCAAGAGGGAUCACAGAACAACUAUUUUGUUAUUUUUCUUACAGGUCCUAACUUGCUGUCAAUGUAUUUUUCUCAUAAUGAUUUUGUGCAAAGAUGUUAUUGUUUCCGCUUGCACCUUAUAGUAGAUAUUUAUUAUGGCAAGCGAAGUGUUUAUUAUUCUGUGUUUGUCUGUAAGUUGGGGGGGGCUUUUUUUUUCAAUAUACUUUUGCCAGUACAGAAAAUAUGCCAAAUAACUUUAAAUUUUUGUACUGCAGUUAUUAUUAUUUUUUUUAAUUGUAUAAUAAUAAUAAUAAUAAUAAUAAUAAUAAUAUGAAUUUAUACUCCUGGCGUGUCGUUUGCCAAAAAAUAUCCACUAUAUGGUACAAACAUAAACUGCCUCAAGUGAAGCAUCUGGAGGUUUCAUUACAAAUAUAUCAGAAUUUGUUUUACAGGGGCUGCAAAAUGACGAAGGUUUGUAUUUUGUGAAGACCUUCCUUUCCUUUUUUUUGUCCUUGUUACUUGGAUCUUGUUGAGGGAGAGAAAUCCAAGAACACUUUUACUAGUUAGUCUUCCUGAUAACCAAAGGGACAGACUGGGCCUUUUCUUGGCCUCAGGCCUAUUGUUUAAUUUUGAGGCUCUUCUCACUAUAGCCUUUCUGAGGCCUACAUUGGUAGGAAGUGUUAGGUGUUAGGUGACCAUUUUUUUGCUGUUGUUUUUACUAAUGUUAAACGAUAAGAAAAAAAAAAAAACAGCUAGUUUGAUUUAUUGGUAAUUUUUUUAAAAUAAAUAUGCAGUAUCCCUUUGGGUGCAAAAAUGAAUAAAAAUAAGAUAAACAAAGCAAAAUAAUUGUUGAGAAAGAUAUAGAGCAUGUACAGUAAAUAACAGUCUGCUUUCUGUGGAUGAUCUUUGGGGUAUUGGGUUUGCUUAAAUGUAUGAUGGUUCUGCUAUUUGUACUGUUUUUUGGAGGGAGCUGAACCUUUAUAAUUGGUUUCUGAAGGCCACCACUGUAUUACAACGGAUCAUCCUAAUGACAGGUUUCAAAGUCCUGUCCUAUACAAAUCUAUGAGGGUCUACCUGUACUGUCUUCACACAAAAUACGCUUUAAACCCCCCAAAACCCAUAUUGAAUGUCAAUAUAAUAUGGAUUCACCUUGUUUUUCACACAACUGCAGGCUAUUGGGAAGAAUGAGUAUCCUCUGAGUAUUCAUCCUUUAAAACAAUCCAUAGGAUUUGUGCCAUUGUCCUCUAGCUGUAUCUGUAGAUCACACCCUUUUCUAUAGAUUUCUAUCAUUUUCUAUUAAUUCUUUGAAUUUUCUGUAGAUUUCUGUAAAUACUUAUAGAUUUCUAGAGCCAGGAUUUAUACUCACAUUAUACUUUCUGCUUAAAAAACUAUAAGAACUUUCUUAUACAAACGUCAUGGCCAGUGCCUUUGUCAGUGUUACUAUUGCCCAAAUCUCAAAAAAAGAAAACAUGCUUUUACAUGUAACCUUUAAACAAAAGGGUUGCUUUGUUCUGUUUUAAAAUUUGUAUCUAAGUGACACUCAACAAGAGCAAUAACUGCUAGUUUACUGCAAGGCUGUAAACUUCACCGGCUAGAAGCCCUCCGGCUUACUUGUCCUUUUCAAAGAGUGGAAAGAGAAACAGGCAGCUUUCAAACAAACACCUGGUGUGAAUACAAUACAAGAAGGCUGCUGCAGAGACCCGUGGAAAGCAGUGUCGCUAUUCAGAAACCAGUUCGGAAGUUUUGCUGGGUAUGUAGGACCUAGGAGUUGGUUUGUGCAGAAACGAGCACUGAAAGUCACACAACACUCUGGCAGGAUAGCUAUGAUAUACAGUCACCAUGUGCUUUCUUUGGUGAUCAGUGACUGAUUUGCUUUAAAAGGACACUAAAAAGGUCCUGUCCUGAGAAGGUCCCAGUUACCAUGUGUUAAAAAACAGACAAGAUUGACUGCGACAUAAUGUGCUCUGUUUCUAUUAGAACUGACCUUGACUCAGAGCAGCCAGCCCACGUUUUCUGCAGCAAGGAUUCAAAGAUUGUGCCUGGGUUACAAAUAACGAAUGUCUGCAAAGCUGCACAGCCCUCAGGACCAGCUGUGUUCAGGAUUUAAGUGGAAGCUCUAGUGAACAGUUGCUACAACCUAAAUGUACAGUUGGAAAUGCGGCAUGCAUUUUGAUAUCCAUGAUUUUAUCAAUUACCAGUUAGGUUCAAUUGUGUAAAAAGUUCACAGGAAAGCUAAGUAACUUUAACUUCAAACUGACUAUGAAGAAGGUAAAUAAAAUAUCUAAUCAAAUUGUAUUUACUGAUUAGGAAUUUAUUCUGGAAGUUUAGACGGUAGACUGUACCUAAACUGGUGUUAACUGAAUAUGUGCUAUCUUUCUCUCUAAGGGUUAUCAGUGUCAGCAAUGGCCAAGAAAAGAGGCAAAUACUGUAGCAACAAUGCAAAAAGUACACAAAUCCCUAAUAUUAAAAGCGACCUGCUGAAUACUGAUUGUAACCCAUUAAAAUCUUAGAACCCUUGGUGUAACAGAAAGCACAUGAAUCUGGUGUCCAGAGAGGUUAUUCUGAAACAAUACCCAUCACUCUCCCUCACCAAGGACUUGGGGAUGUACUCACAUCAUGUGAGAUUCUUUUAUUGCAUAUCAUCCACUGGGAAAGGCGUUCCAAUUCACCUGUGGUCUCUUCAGAUCAAAAUUCCUCAUCAAAGGGAUACUGCACAACUGUUCCAAGAGCAUGAACAAGUCUACUGAAGCUGUGACAUAAGGCAAGCCCGUUUAAAAAAGAACUGACCAUAUCAGCGCACGAUGAGAACGUGCCCUUAAGCAGUCGUAUUUGAAGCCAGUUGAUUCCUUCAACCAUUUUCACAACUCUGGGAGAAACUGUGCAGUACUAUACAGAUCUAUUUUAAUACACUUGACACUAGAACAAGAUUUUUUAUAUUCUUUUAUCAAUGAACAAAGAUCGAAAUAUACUACGGUUAUUGUUUGCCAAUUAUGCACUGGGUUGUGGCUUGCCAAGUUCAAUGUUUUUUUUGCCAUGGCGAGCCAAAAAGCAAGAAGACUUUGGAACUGGACAACGGAGCAUUCAGACAAAAUGUCUCUGGGACUGUUAACAGCAGGGCUUUUAGAAAAAUGAAAAGGAUGCUGUCCAUGGGAUAGGGUGUAUAGGAAACAAAAGUGUUUGUCUUAAAUAUGCCAAUGUAGUUUUACUUCUUUAUGAUGCAUUAAAAAUUGAUUGAUGGAAGUUGA